GGGCUAAAACUGCAACCAGCAGCAAACAGCAGCCAUUCAUCUCCUGCCUUUUCUUCACCACCCUAUUCCCUCUCUCUCUCUCUCUCUCUCAUGCCAUACCCGAACCUUCCAAACAGGCUACAUAAAUGUCUUUUUACAUUACAGUCUACACAAACAGACCCUCUCUCUCUCUCUCUAAGAAUGACCCAGCUGGACCAAAAUUUGUAGAGAAGGAAAAAAGGAAAAAAAGAAAAAAAGAAAGAUAGAAUUGGAAGGACGGGAAGAAGGAAAGAAAGAUAUGUCUUCUAUUGUCCUCCAACCACAGCGCUCUCCCAAAGACAAACUCUACUUGCCACAAAUGCCCUCCUGCGAAUCCCAUCUUCGUCACUCGUUCCUCCCCUUCUAUCUCCAACCUUCAUGGGCCUUUUUGGGUUCUUACAUUCAAGGACUCUGCGGAAAGAGAGCCAAACCAAGAUACACAGAGUCACCUCUCUCUAAAAUUACCUUUUUAUUGUUAUUAUUGGUAUUAUAUCCCCUUUCUUUCUCUCUCUAUAAUCUCAAAUCAUCGUUUCCUACUCCUAUUAGGUGAGCUUUUUACUUUGCAGUUUCGUUUGGUCUUGGAAUUGUGGUUUUGGUGGGUUCUUAUCAAUCUUCAGUCUUGACCUUUAUAUCUCUAAAAGUCCCAAUUCGAAUAGGAUUCGUCUAUUCCCUGACUGCCGGUUUUAGGAUCGUAUUUAAAGACGCAAUUUUGGAGUAAAGGGCGAAAGGUGUUUUCAUUUGUAUUCAUUGAGAGCGCAAUGUUGAAGACUAAGAUGAAAGGGGUCGUCUCUAUGGAUCCUUAUCAAUCUCAUCCUAUCAAUGAAGAGGCUAGGGUUAACCUGAAAUAUCAAAUUUUAUUGCAGGAGUACUUGGAACUGCAGAAGGAAUUCGUUUCAAAGAAGAAAAGUUUGCAGAAUGCAACAGUGAAUAGAGAAACCCUUUUGGCUGAAGUCCGAUUUUUAAGAAAAAGACAUAAAUAUUUAUUGAAGGUGCAAUCGCCCAAAAGUGAACCAGAAUUUGUACAGCGAAAAAAUUCAGAUAUACACUAUAAUGGUGAAGCUGUUCCAAAACAUCAAUAUCCAGUUCUGGAUGUGAAACCUAUUUCGAAUGACGGAGAACCGAGCCUGGACAAGAAAGUUGGGGAGGCACUGAGAGUGGAGAAGCGGCCAAAGAAUCGCUUGAUCAACAACAACAAAGGACAACGGAAGAAAAAUAUCCAAUAAAAAAAGAUCAAAUUGCUUUGAAGUGUUCACCCCGCCCCCCGGGCGGCCGGAGGCUCUCUUUUUCUAUAAAACCUAUCGCAGUCUAGCGUGCUUUUUAAUAUAGGGCAUACAUUUUUUGCAGAAGUGAAGAACGGCUACGGAGCCUUGGCACCCAUAGGUUAUAUUAUUUUUUUCUUUUUAGCAGAUGGCUACGAAUCUUGUAGCCGGUCAAUUUACACUGAAGAAAGCGUUCUCUGCCCAGAGUUUAAGGAGAUAGGAGAUGCAUGGCUCCUAUAUAGCAUUUUCUCUACUGAAAUUUUAAAUUGCAAAAUUUAUAUGAAUUCAUUGUUCCUUCGCAA